AUGGACCACACGUCCCCGUCCGCCCGCGGUAGCGGUCCGGCGGCAAAGGGUCCAGGAGGUGGUGGUGGUGGUGGAGGGGGACCGACGACUUUACCAGACGACGUAUCUUCUGCGUCGUCAAUGUCGGAUGAGGAUGAUGUCGGAGGGUAUAUACCGCCGACACCCCCUUCUCAACGACAUCCACAGCAACAACAGCAGGCGCCUGUACCACCGCCGGCUCCUACGCCUUUACAGCCGCAACCUAGGUAUCGCGGGAGCAGAGAGAGAGACGUCCGUGUUGAUAGGCAGCGGGAGCGUGAGCGUGAGCGUGAACGUGAUCUGCGUGAUCGUGAUCUACGUGAUCGUGAGCGGGAGAGAGACAGGGACAGGGAUAGGGAUAGAGAUAGGGAUAGGGAUAUCCCGAGGGAUCGCGACAGGGAUCGUGAUAGAGACCGUGACAGAGAUCGUGAAAGAGACAGGGACCGGGACAGAGACAGAGAUAGGGACAGGGACAGGGAAAAAGACAGGGACAGAGACAGGAACAGAGUCAGAGACAGAUCGCGGGAUCGCGAUAGAGAUCGGGACACGUACCGGGAGAAAGACAGGUCCCGCGACAGCGAGCGUGACCGCGACAGAGACAGCCCGCCGUUCAGAGAUACAAAACGGCACAGCGUCAUCGCGGACCCGAGCUACGUCCGGCGGCAGACGGCGCCGGGCAACGAGAGCCACGUCAACGGCGGGGGCAACAAACGACAAAGCAUCACGGAGCGGCUCAUGAACACGUGGGCGGCGCGCACGGCGAAGGAACCCGUCGGGUCUACGCUUCCUUCCCGGCGCGCCUCCUCCGCCUCCACCGGUGCCGCUGGCGCCGGCGCCGUCAGCAGCGUCGGUGGCAAGUUCAACCCCAUCGCCCGCGUCCGCGAGUGGCUGGACUCCUGCAAUGCCGAGCACGGCGACCACUGUUCCGGUCCUCCCGGGGAUACGUGGCGGCCGCUGUGGCUCAUCGAUUCCGUGAACCGGUGUCUCGUGCGGGCGCGCGCGACGGAUCGGUACAUCGCCCUCAGCUACGUGUACGAACCGCCGCUGCCGAGCACGCGGGGCCCCGUCGAGACGUUGAGGGAGAACCUGGACAUGUUGACGGCCAGCAUGGACGACGCGGACAUGCCGCAGACGAUCCUGGACGCCAUGUGGCUGUCGAGGAAGCUGGGGAUCAAGUACCUCUGGGUCGACCGUUUCUGUAUCGUGCAGGACGACGACGUGGAGAGGGAGGAGCACGUCAGGAACAUGGCGUACGUGUUCGCCAACGCCUACCUCACUAUCGUCGCGGCGUCCGGGGACGCCGAGACAGGGUUGUCGGGUCUCAUGCGGAAGACGCCCCCGCCGAGGCCGCCGCCGGGGAGGGGCAGGCACGAGGACAUGGUCCUAUCGUCGCGGUGGGCGACGCGGGCGUGGACGGUGCAGGAGGGCAUGUACUCGCGGCGCAAGCUGUUCGUGUUCGACGAGACGGUGACGUGGGAGUGUCACUGCGAGGUGUGGCAGGGAUCGCCCGCAGGCGGCGGUGUCGGCGGCAGGUUCAGCAAGAUUCUCAAGGGCGGCGGCGGUGGCGGCAAGAACCAGCAGUGUCUGCACCGGACGUUCCCGGCCAGGACGGGGUUCCUGCACCCCGUGUGGCCGGACAUGGACGAGUACGCGCGUAUCGCCAUGGAUUACAGCGCGAGACGGGUCACGCUCAUGUCGGACACCACAAGGGCGCUGCGCGGCAUCACGAACGUGUUGUCGACGUCGUUUGCCGGCGGUUUCGUGUUCGGCAUGCCGGUCUGCUUUUUGGAUAUCGCGAUGCUGUGGCAGCCCAGGGCGAUGGUGAGGAGGCGCGUCAUGUUGCAGCCCGUCACGGGGAUGAACCCGCUGCCGUCGUGGAGCUGGUUAGGCUGGCAUUACGAUGGGGUUCCCGCGGAUAUGACGCUGUGGCGCGCGGCGACGGAUUAUGUCCAGGAUGCGCCGCCGUCUGGCGGGGCGAAACGCGGCGGUAGCGGCGGCGGCGGGGAUAGACGGUUCAGGAGCCCUUAUGCGUUCAGGUUGCGGCCGUUGGUGAACUACGAGCUUACGGACCGCGCGACGUACACGAGGUUGCCGAAUGAUGGGUUGUCGUUCCGUGACCGGAGGCACAGGAGGACGUUACCUCUGCCUGCGGGAUGGUCGCGGAGCGGCGGCGGGUUCAGGUAUGCCGGAGACCCGGAGGUCUUGUUUAGGUACCCUGUGCCGGUCGGGGAGAUGGGGGGCCUUGAUGCGGCGACGGCGCCGUUGGGGGAUUACUCGAUGACCGCGACGCUGUUGUCGUUUAGUACUACCAUUGCGUAUCUCGAGGUUGAUUUCGCGACGGCGAGGAACGGCGCUCCGCCCGAAGGCAAGGGUGCUGCGGCGGCAGCCGGGAUGGGAGUCGGCGGCGGCGGUGCUGGUCCGGGGGCCGGGGCGGUCGGACCGGGGAGGGGAUACGGCGUGCCGUUGGCGAUCGGCAACAUCUGGUCGCGGUCGGGCAAGUGGUGCGGCAACGUGACGGCGCACGACAGCUGGUUGGGCCUGCAGGGGGCGAACCACACGGGGGAGGAGAAGCUGGAGUUUAUUGCCAUCUCGACGGCCAGUGAGAGGGGCGGCAGCCACGUUUUCGACCCCGAAGCGUUCCGGGACAACAUGGACGAGGACGAGAUUGUCGACUUUGUGAAUGUGUUAUGGGUGGAGCGGGUUGGCGGUGUUUGCUACCGGAGAGGUCUGGGACAUGUUGUGCAGAAGGUCUGGGAUGCUGUUGCGAGAGACCGCGUGGACGUUCUGCUUGGAUAG